AUGACAAACAAAGCCGUUGAUGAAUUCGUCAGUCGUGCCGAGGAGCUCCUUGGUAUUGCAAAUGGGUUCUUGACUCCGGUGACUGUCCCGGUCUCCCUGACCGAACCCGACAAAGGAACGACGGAAAAGUUCUAUUUCAUUCUCAAGAGUGUGGAUUUCGUCUUGCUGCAGUCUUAUGUUCGCACGGGCUUGUUACUACCAGCCUCAAAAGAGUCCUUUGAGGAUACUUAUCCCCAGGAAGUAUUCAAGGACUAUGUUGAUGGACCACUGUAUAACCGCAUGAGAGACGUCUUGAAAGACAUCCAGAGCCACUGCUAUGCGUUUCAAUCCAAAGCUCUCAACCAUAUAAUCUUGCUAGGGGGAUCGAUUGGCAAUUUUGCGAAAACCGCAAGCGAAAACGCACAGGAACUCAUGGAUGACCUCGAGAAUAUAACAUCCACAGUAGCGGGCGGAGACCCUGAUAAAACUAGUAAUGCCACCAAGGGUGCACAGAGGUUGAUCGACGAGAUCAAGGACCAUGCUGUGAAAGCGAAUGCUGAGUGCCUCGAGGUUACCAAUAAGUUGAGCGAGUUUCAAACGCAAACCACGGUGGAUGAUACCCAAUUUCAGCAGGUGAAAACCAAACUGGAAGCGGCCCUUCCGACUCUAGGCCAACUACAGCAGACAACAGACACUGCCAUUCAAAGUUACCAGAAGGACCUGAGAUCUCUUAUGCAGGCUCAUGAAACAACUAAAAUGCAAAAUCUGGUUAAUCAAGAACUUGCUCAUCCGCUCAUCACGUUGUUUACCAAAAAUACCCUAAAGGACCUUAGAAGUGACUAUCAAGAACAAUUGAAACAGGGCGUGGAUAGAUUGUCUAGCCUGCAACUCCUCACACACCCAUGGGUCUUCAAAAUGCUGAAGCUGCGUGCAGGCCGAUUCAACGAAUUAAAAACCAACCUCGAUGGAUUGAAGUCCAACUUGGAAGAUGCCAGGGCCUGGACCGAGCAGGACACCGCAUCCUUGCGCGGCAGAGCAAAGACUCGUUUUGAACGGGCUAGCAGAGACUGGUCAAAAGUCGAGAAACUUGCAUUUGAGUUCCAAGAGACGGGCAUGGUAACCCCAGAAACCGCACCCCCGGUGCGCCCAUCUCGCCGCUUGGAGAUCCUCGCUGCUACCUUUGAUACCGAGGAUGUAACCGACCACGUGCGUAUCAUGUUCUACAAAGGUGCCAGUCUUGAGGUGGAAACCAGUCCCUUCAUCUUCCCCAAGAUUGUGAAAAAUAUCUUACCUGAUCCCGUGGACGACGACAACGCUUCGAUUUUUCAAUAUCUCCCUGGGUUUAAUAGGGCCAUCCCAAAGCUGCCGCCCCAGAAAGUUUACCCCCGCGAUGCUCUCUCAUUUAUCUUUACUGAUGGUGAGAAGAGAGGUCUGUUUGUCUCAAGAAGCCCGGGUCGCAAUACCACCCUGGGACCCGACAACUGGGAGACCUGUCCCGGUGUCUCGGCAUACGUUCCACCGGAACAACCAGCAGACGCCCCAAUUCAUAUCCAGGCUAUUGUCUAUGGCACCGUGGUGAUCAAUGACAAGGAGGCAUUCGAGUAUGCCUAUGAGAGCGCAAAGAGUUCGUCUCUGGAACUCAAGUGGGAUCCAGAUGCACUCAAGUGUCCCCCGGGAUUCGAGGGACGGGAUUACGGAUUCGCUUGUAUCUACUAUAUCAUCGACGGCCAGAAAAGGGUGAGAACGUUGGCCGGUCAGAGCGGAACAACGACGAAAUGGCCACUUUCGGCCUUGUAG